AUGCCUCGUUCUUCUCAAAACAAAAUAGUUCAGAUGAAUAAUUCAGUCAAAUUGAAGCAGAGAGCUCAAUCCGAACUAAUUGCUAGUACUUACGAUGAACCAAAUGUUUAUCUGCAUCCACAAUGGUCUAAUAAACGCGUACCAAUACGGCGUGGCUAUUGUCAAAACGUUCUCGAAAUUACCCAAAAAGAAAACCCAGGAAAAGUGGAAUCAGCAGGAUCAGUUGAUUUUGUCACUGCAAAUUGUCAGAUAUUGACAAAUCGAACAGAAGGGGAGGAUGAAUUCUUCUUAUGUCCCGACAUUUUAUUCCCUUGGAAUCGGGUCAUCGGCGUUAGGCACUAUCAAACAGAAGUUUCGGCAUGCCCAAUUUGUCUCGAAGGCCUUACAGCCCCUCGAAUGGGCAGAUGUGGUCAUAUAUACUGUCUUCCCUGCAUAAAGCAUUGCUUGCGCGACGGAAGUGAUUUCAAUAAGUGUGCUGUUUGUUUUAAACAAAUGGAACUGAGUGAUUUGCGCAGAGUAUACAUUAUUCCUUCGGCCGCACUAAAUGUGGGCGAUAGAGUUACUUUUACAUUGAUGCGUAGACCAAAACAAUCUAUUUUCCCUAAGGUUGUUUGCGAUACAGGGAAGCAGCAUAGAUUUUUAUCCCGCUUCGAUUCGGUGGAUCUUAAGGAACAGCUUAUUCAGAUUGAGGAGGAAAUUAAGGCCUUGGAGAGUUAUGCGAGAGAUUACGAGUUCUAUGGUUCUUCUGAACUCUCGAUGUCUGCGAAAUCCAGUAUCCGGAAGUUGAAAAGUGAGAGGAAAAAAGUGCAUUGGGAGAUUGAAAAUGUCCCUCCAUCGGAUUUUACGAUGGAUGUUGAGUCAGAUAACAGCUAUGUGUACUACCAGAUGAUUGAUGGAAAUGACGUGUAUCUGCAUAGUAUUAACUGGAAAUGCUUGCUGGAGGAUUAUGAUGUGGCUGAUUUGCCCCCAGAGAUCUUUGGAAAAGUUGUUGAGGUCGAUACAUACACCAUGAAUUUGGAUUUGCGUCGCCGAUAUGGUUAUCUGAAGCAUCUUCCCCUCGGCCGCACAUUCUCAAUUGUGGAGAUUGAAAUUGAGAAUCCAGUGAUAUCUGAAAAGACUCUUGAAAAAUUCUCUGAAAGUAUUGCUCGUCGUUUGCAGAUUCGUUUGAAUCGCCUAGAACUAGAGUUGGAAUUCGAUAUUGAGAAGGAACGUGCUGAAAACUCCUAUAAUAACAAUCUUGACCCGAAAUCGCGAAUCGUUGGAUGUGCUAAGUUGGAGGGAGCCUCUUUCACCUCCGAUGACUUUGUUCCCUUGGAGGUAGCUAGUGCUUCCUCGUUCUCAAUUUCACCUAAAACGCCUGUUUUUGCCAGUUCAUCAGCGGCUAGUUUAAAAACGCUGGAGUCAUCGAUUGGAGGAACUUCUAGCAAAGGAGCUUGGUCCAAGUUUUCCUCAAAUCCCCUAAGUAUUGAAUCGGAUUUCCCACCUCUUAAAGCUUUAAGCGGCUCGACUCUGGAUACUGCGCAACCAACUCCUGGCAAUCAAAGUAAAAAGCGCCGUCGAAACAAACGGAAGAAUAAAUGUGCAGAAAAUUCCUUUAAUGAUUCUAAUCUUCUAGAAAAAGAAUAG